GUAGUGACUCGUUCACGUCUGAUCAUCCUGGGCGUUUUAGAUUCUGACCUGUAAUCGAAUCAGAUUUUAAUCUUGAGGUUUUAAAUGAAGCGGUUUGGAGCCGUCAGUCAAGACCAGAGACUCCGAAUCGGAGGCCAACUUCGGCAUCGGUUGUGGUGCCUGCGUGCAGGACGAAGGGGCGUCACACAAACCGGAGCUAGCUUCGGUGUCCUAGCCUAGCAUGCUAAUGUAGGGUUAGCACCUUUCCUCGCUGGGCAAACCCCCUCCCCCUGGUAUUUUUCCACCUUUCGGGGUAUAUGAGUCAAUGCUGAUUUUUUUUAUUUUUUAUUUUUUUUACUAUGUGACGUUACGUUGGGUCCAUAAGUCAGUGCGGCGCCGCGCUGUUUACGUCGCGCGGGGAAACGUGUGGAAAGUUACCUUGGGUGUGUAAACAUUCGUGACGCCGUGUAAUCUCCAAGGAAACAUGUGAUGCUUGUUUUUAGUGUCGACCCACUUCACGUUCCGACGUUAAAAUGUCCACCUCCAGUGAGCAGAAGUGAUCAGACACCGAGGGGAGGCGUUGGCGCUGCUGGCUCCUCUGCGAGGCUUCUGGAAACAUCCCGCUGUUGAUAUUUUGAUGCCUUGCGAUGUUGCGUAAUCUCACUUACUACCCAUUGAAAACUAACGUGGACGUGGAGCCCAGUUGACCGAUUGCGUACUAACCGUCUGCAGGUCCCUUUUGCAUCGCUAAUGUUUGUCCCUUAAGUGUUUAAUAUCAACAUUUGUUUGCCUUGAUACAUAUUUUAAUUGUCCAGAGUCCUGAUGCCGGAGCUCCACAGACAGAAGACCAUGAAGAGAAGCAGACACCCCAGCAGCAGCGAUGACUCGGAUAAUGGAAGAUGUAAGAAAAGAAAGAGAAACAGGGUCAAGAAACGGACACGGGUAAAAACAAAGCGAAGGAACAACGUCCGCAUGAGACGCAGGAGACAGACUAGGACACGUGUUUGGACCUUUAAAGACAUCCUGACAGGUAAUUCUACCUGCUGGUCUCAGCACUCAUCGCAGCACCGGAGGGGAACCGGGCAGAAACCCUCUGAGGUUUUUAGGACAGACUUCAUCACAGCCAUGAAAUUACACGACUCGUACCAGCUGAAUCCAGAGGAUUACUAUGUCUUGGCUGAUCCAUGGAGGCAGGAGUGGGAGAAGGGUGUCCAGGUCCCUGUGAGCCCCCAGUCCAUUCCCCAGCCUGUGACCAGCAUUUACUAUAUUAUGGGUGUACGUAGAGUUCUGGCGGAGAAGGGGAAGGAGGUGAUGUUCAUCAGGCCUAAGAAGCUGAUCCGGACGUCGGGCACGGAGGCGCUGGGCUACGUGGACAUCCGCACGCUGGCGGAGGGGAUGUGCCGCUACGACCUGAACGAAGAAGACGUGGCCUGGCUGCAAAUCAUCAACGAGGAGUUUGCACAGAUGGCGAUGCCGCCGCUGGACGAGAACACCAUGGAGAGAGUAAUGGAGGAGUUUGAGCACUGCUGCCACGAAAACAUGACCCACGCCAUGGAGACGGAGGAAGGGCUGGGCAUCGAGUACGACGAGGACGUGGUGUGUGACGUUUGUCAGUCGCCGGACGGAGAGGACAACAACGAGAUGGUGUUCUGCGACAAGUGCAACAUCUGCGUUCACCAGGCAUGUUACGGCAUCCAGAAAGUGCCAAAAGGCAGCUGGCUGUGUCGGAUCUGUGCGCUCGGCAUCUUCCCAAAGUGCCAGGUGUGUCCUAAGAAGGGCGGAGCCAUGAAGCCGACCCGCAGCGGAACCAAGUGGGUUCAUGUCAGCUGUGCCUUGUGGAUCCCAGAGGUGAGCAUUGGGAAUCCAGAGAAGAUGGAGCCGAUCACCAAUGUGUCCCACAUUCCCAGCAACAGAUGGGCUCUGAUCUGCUGCCUGUGUAAGGAGAAGACCGGAGCCUGCAUCCAGUGCUCUGCGAAAAACUGCAGGACCGCAUUCCACGUGACCUGCGGCCUCCAGGCCAGCCUGGAAAUGAACACCAUCCUCACGGAGGACGACGAGGUCAAGUUCAAGUCGUACUGCCCCAAGCACUCCGGUUUCCAGGGAGACCUGGCGCAGGACGAGGGGAAGGAGGAGGCGCGGGCGAACAGCGACCAGGAGAAGAGGGUCAACCUCCGCAAACUGAAGCUGCAGGAGAUGGAGGAGGAGUUCUACCAGUUCGUGGACGUGGAGGAGGUGGCCAAGAGCCUGAAGCUGGCGCCGGAGGUGGUGGACUUUGUCUACCAGUACUGGAAGCUGAAACGCAAAGCCAACUUCAACCAGCAGCUGCUCACCCCCAAGAAGGACGAGGAGGAGAGCCUGGCCCGGCGGGAGCAGGAGGUGCUGCUGCGGCGCCUGCAGCUCUUCACACACCUCAGGCAGGACCUGGAGAGGGUGCGCAACCUGACCUACAUGGUGACCCGGAGGGAGAAGAUGAAGCGCUCACUGUGGAAAGUCCAGGAGCAGAUAUUCCAGCACCAGGUCCGCCUGCUGGACCACGAGCUGCUCAACGGUGAGCCGUCUGCUGAGGACCUGGAGAGGCUCUUCUCUCUGGGUUCCUUCUCCUCUGACGGAGGCCAGUCCGGCUCCUCCUGGAGCAACUCCGGCCUGAAGAGCAAGCGAAGUUCGCUAAAGCAGGAAAGGAGGAAAAGCCUGUCGGACUCGCCAAGCGUUCACAGGAAGGACGGCGCUUGCAGCCCGCUGGACAUUAAAGACAGCAAAAGCUCCCACAUCCAAGAGGCUGCGGCCACAGAGUCCAAAGGCGAAGCCAAAGUCCUCCAGCUUGAAGUGAGCAAGGAGAAGCCUUUCCUAAAGCUCCAAAAGGUCAUUCAGGAACACGCCUCAGUGAAGCUGCACAAGCCCGAGAGCAGGAAGGGCCCCAGGAGAGAAACCCCGGGACCAGAGUAUGAAGUGCCGGGAUGCCACAAGCAAGAUCCAGAGCCGGAGGAACGAGGGAGGAAGAGAAGGAGCGACGUUUCCGAGAGCUUCCCCUGCCAGCUGAAGAACAAGUUCGGCUCCAAGCAUCUGGAUAAAACCGUCUCCAUCCGGCUGGUCGACAUCAGGAACUCUGACUCCGACGAGUAUUUAUUUGACGACGCCGCGACCAGAAGGAGCGUCGCUUCGCCGGACGCGACACCCAACACUAAGUUCAAACCCAGCUCGGUUUCAGACGCCUCCAAAGCCAGCAGCUGGCUCAGAAAAGCCGCCGCCGGCGGCUCCCACGCCCCCAACGGCUCCGCGUCCGGACACCUGAAAGGCUGGGGGAAGUUCCGGAUCCCGAAGCGGGCCGACAAGCCUCCGAGCGCCACGGCGAGGGAGCGGGAAGAGCUGGAGCCGAGCGACCCGCUGCUCAGACCGCUCACCAACGCGCCGGCGUACCCCAGAACGCGGCUCCGGUCGGGUCCGGAGGCCGACGGCUACAACUCCGACUCCAAGCCGGCCGACGGCGAGCUGGAGCCCUGCCUCAAGCGAUGCCACUCCCACGAGCUGAGGGGCGACUCGUCGCUGGGGCGUCGCUACGGCUCUGACAUUAUCCGCCGCGGCGUGCUAGCAUCCUGAUAAGCUACACGACGCUAAUCAGAAACGAAUGACUGUCACUCUUUGUACCUUUAUUUUGUCUAGAAAUCAUAAAAAGAACAGAUGGAGGAAGAAAAAGAAAACAACAACAAAAAUAAACAGAGCUGAUAUUUAUUUUUUAUUUGUACCAUAAUGUAAAACUGGGAAAUAUUUGACUUUAUUUUGAGCUAGUUAGUUUAUUUUGGAUUAUUAUUAUUAUUUUUUUGUUUGUUUAGGUAGAAACUUGUCAAGUUGCCACUUAAAUCGCUUGCUCAGAUAUAUACAAGCAAAAGCAUCAACUAGGAAGAUGUUGUGAUUGUUGCUUGGGACCAUAAACUUGCAAUGUCAUUUGUGUUUAACAUAGUAUUAUCAAAGUGGACCGAGUCGCUCGCCGGUCCGGCUCCAACAUAUAAUCCUGAUCCUGUCAGCCAGUUGGACUCUGUAGGUCUGUUUAUUUCUUCUUCUUUUAACCAGAAAUCAUCAAAUCUUCACAGUCAAAAACCAGGAAGUCCAGCCGCCCCUUUUUCUUCAGAUUUAGUCUCAUCAGACUGCAGGCGUCGCGCCGAACGAACUGGGAACCUACAGAGGAAAUCAAAGAAUGAUGUUUUACACGUCAUCAGCACUUAAGUGUAAUUGAACUGCGAUCGUAUCCAUCAUGUGCCUAACUUUUAUUUGAAGCGUUUGCACUACGAGAGGAUGGCACAGGGGGGGAGGGCACGAGAAGAGAUAUUUUUACACUGAAAAAUGACAGAAGCAUUUUGUACCCUCGGCCGCUGCUGUACUACUGUUAUGCAAAAGGAGUUCUUGUGAGGGGGCUUGUUUGGAAGAGAAAUUAAAAAAAUACUCUUAAAAAUCAAA